AGUAGCUAAUAUAGACUUUGAAGGGAUCAAUUUGCGUUGCAGUAACUAAAUAUGCAACCGGUUUUAACUAGGAUCUUGUUUGAAACUUAGCGAAGACUAGUUUAGGUUAAAUUUGAUAAAGACAAUAAGAGUAUCCAUGUCAGUUGGAGUCAGCCCUCUGGUGCCUGCAAACGCACACUUGAGCAACUUUUCCACCAAAGAGAAAAGAGGGAAACGGAGAAGAGGGAAAGAAAAGAGAGAGAGAAUGGAGAGCAACGCCGUCCUAGCUAGUCUCCAGCCAAAUUUCCUUCUUUGUCCUUCACGCUUUUCCCCCUCCUUUUCCGCUGCGGCCGCCACAUUUCUUCCUCUUUUCUCCUCUCAACGCACGCGUUUCUGUCCGCCGCAAUUUCUCAAGUUCCAGAAGCAAGUUUUAGUUUCUGCCUCCUUUCGAAAUGUUAAUGAAGCCAACUCUCCUUUUAGUGGUGCUGCUGUGUUGACCGAUUCUUAUAGCAGUGAAGUAUCUGAACUAGCUGAUAUAGAGUGGGACAAUCUUGGGUUUGGGUUUAUUCCUACUGAUUAUAUGUAUAUGAUGAAAUGUACUCAAGGUGGAAACUUUUCUAAAGGUGAAUUACAACGGUUUGGGAAUAUUGAAUUAAAUCCCUCAGCUGGGGUCUUAAAUUAUGGACAGGGAUUAUUUGAAGGUCUGAAAGCCUACAGGAAAGAAAAUAGUAACAUUCUUCUUUUUCGUCCUGAGGAGAAUGCUCUUCGAAUGAGGCUGGGUGCAGAGAGGAUGUGCAUGCCAGCACCCACUGUUGAGCAGUUUGUGGAAGCUGUUAAGGAAACUGUCCUGGCAAACAAACGCUGGGUUCCCCCUCCAGGUAAAGGGUCCUUGUAUAUCAGGCCAUUGCUCAUGGGGAGUGGAGCUGUCCUUGGUGUUGCACCUGCUCCUGAGUACACCUUUCUUAUUUAUGUCUCACCUGUGGGAAACUAUUUUAAGGAAGGUGUUGCUCCAAUAAAUUUAAUUGUUGAACACGAAUUGCAUCGUGCCACUCCUGGUGGCACUGGGGGUGUUAAAACUAUUGGGAAUUAUGCUGCGGUUCUGAAGGCACAAUCUGCUGCAAAAGCCAAAGGAUAUUCUGAUGUCCUCUAUCUUGAUUGUGUUCACAAAAAGUAUUUGGAGGAAGUUUCCUCUUGCAACAUUUUCAUGGUGAAGGGUAAUGUCAUCUCGACUCCUGCGAUAAAGGGAACGAUCUUACCUGGCAUCACAAGAAAGAGUAUAAUUGAUGUUGCUCAAAACCAAGGGUUCCAGGUUGAGGAGCGCCUUGUGCCAGUGGAUGAGUUGCUUGAUGCAGACGAAGUUUUUUGCACAGGGACUGCAGUAGUAGUGUCACCAGUUGGCAGCAUUACCUAUAAGGGUAAAAGGGUUUCAUAUGGAGUAGAUGGUUUCGGGGCUGUUUCACAACAGCUCUACUCCGUGCUUACCAGACUCCAGAUGGGUUUUACAGAAGACAAGAUGAAUUGGACUGUUGAGUUGAGUUAGCAUAAUGUAGUCACAUCUAGCUUUGCAUGUUUCGACUCAUGCAGCGGCAUCACUGCGUCACAGUUAAAAUGUUUUUUUUUUCUUUCUUUAUUAAUGAAGAUAUAGGGUUUUUUUUACUAUGUUAGAAUUUUCAUUGUUUUGUCUUGAAUGAUGCACGAUUACACAAGCAUCUUGAAUUUUUCAAGUUAAUGAAUCUUUAAAACUUCUUGUUUUGAAGCAAGAAACUGAGUUUAUUGACCAAUCCAUUUUCUAGCUUGAUUUGUUGAACUCAAUAGGUCGUGUGCUAUGGUUGUUUCCCACUAACUCGAAAUAAAAGACACUUCGGCCUAUGACGGGUGUCACGGAUCUGGUAAGAGCUGGUCUAGUCAAGUCCAUCCCAUGCACCUACCAUUAUUGAAUUGAAAAAGGAUUACUAGUUCGCUAAUUGCUUCUUUCCUUAAUGUCAUGUGUCCAAAAACUUUAUGAAAAAUUUCAUCACUUGUUCGAGUUGACAUUGAUGCUUCCUCCCCAAACAUGCUCCCUCUUUCUCUUCCAGUCAAUUCGUGAUGAACGAUUGAAUAUGUUCAUCAGAAUCUAUUGGUAUCAGAAGCUAAAAUGCGGACAAAAGCCAAGAUGUUUCAACAUUUUCCAUUGAUCUUAAUUUAUUUUCUUUCUUAGAAAAACAAUGGAAGUCAUUGCUAAAAGUAAGGCCCUAUGGCAAUGUAACAUUUGUCUUUUUUGUU